UUUGUUGGCUUCCAUUGCAGUCAGGUUUAGACACUAAACCCUACCGGAGUAUACCGCGCAGUCAGUCCUCCUAAGCCGAUAACCCUCCCUUAAACAGACAAUGGAAGACGAAAUCGCCGCCCUCGUUGUUGACAAUGGAUCCGGUAUGUGCAAAGCUGGCUUUGCAGGAGAUGAUGCUCCACGUGCUGUGUUCCCCUCCAUUGUUGGACGUCCCAGACAUCAGGGUGUGAUGGUUGGUAUGGGCCAGAAAGACAGCUAUGUUGGUGACGAGGCACAGAGCAAAAGGGGAAUCCUGACCCUGAAGUACCCCAUUGAGCAUGGUAUCGUCACCAACUGGGAUGACAUGGAGAAGAUCUGGCAUCACACCUUCUACAACGAACUGAGAGUUGCCCCCGAGGAGCACCCAGUCCUGCUCACAGAGGCUCCCCUGAACCCCAAGGCCAACAGGGAAAAGAUGACCCAGAUCAUGUUCGAGACCUUCAACACUCCUGCCAUGUAUGUGGCCAUCCAGGCUGUGCUGUCCCUGUACGCCUCCGGUCGUACCACUGGUAUUGUCAUGGACUCUGGUGAUGGUGUGACCCACACAGUGCCCAUCUAUGAAGGCUACGCCCUGCCCCACGCCAUCCUCAGGUUGGACUUGGCUGGCAGAGACCUCACCGACUACCUCAUGAAGAUCCUGACUGAGAGGGGUUACAGCUUCACCACCACAGCUGAGCGUGAGAUUGUGCGUGACAUUAAGGAGAAGUUGUGUUAUGUUGCACUGGACUUUGAGCAAGAAAUGGGCACUGCUGCCUCCUCUUCAUCCCUGGAGAAGAGCUACGAGCUGCCUGACGGACAGGUCAUCACCAUUGGAAAUGAGAGGUUCCGUUGCCCCGAGGCCCUCUUCCAGCCCUCUUUCCUUGGUAUGGAGUCUUGCGGUAUCCAUGAAACUACCUUCAACAGCAUCAUGAAGUGCGACGUGGACAUCCGUAAGGACCUGUACGCCAACACCGUAAUGUCUGGAGGUACCACCAUGUACCCUGGCAUCGCUGACCGUAUGCAGAAGGAAAUCACUGCCCUGGCACCUACCACCAUGAAGAUCAAGAUCAUUGCUCCCCCAGAGAGGAAGUACUCUGUAUGGAUCGGUGGCUCCAUCCUGGCUUCCCUGUCCACCUUCCAGCAGAUGUGGAUCAGCAAGCAAGAGUACGACGAGUCCGGCCCCAGCAUUGUCCACAGGAAGUGCUUCUAAACAGACUUGUCAGUCCACUCCCCCGAAACACACACUGCUACAAACCCAAACGACUGGCUCUGCAUACAUGCCUACACCAACACACCGGUAUAUGCUGAGCCCGCAACACCACUUCCCAUUUUCCCCCAUCACUAUGGCACCAUGCCCCCUGAUGGGGAGAAACUCUGCAGGAAGUACAGAGCGUCCCAGGCGGUGUGACUGUGAGAGGAACAUGAUGUCCAUUGUCGUGUUUGUGUAGGUCAUUCCAGAUGUGUUUGUUCACCACCUUAUUUGCCUCUAUGAAGGUUUUUCUCUGGUGGGCCCACUGCCCAACAGAUCUGUAGUAUUGCUUAUGUAAAUUAUGUAGUCUUUUUGUUUUUGUACUUUCAGCCUUAAACAAUACUUGGUCCAGUUUGUUUGUCAUUAUGCAAAAGACAAAGUUUCUACCUUGUAUGGGGGUGUAGGAAGGAUUGUGCAUGGGGCGUCAAGCCUCUUGUGUACACAACUACUCAAUAAAGUGCACAUGUCUGAGAUUCAA